CCCUCACCAUGGAAAACUACCGCAUCAUCAAACACAAAAUCCCCGCCGCCCACCUCCGCGAAUUCCCCCAAGCAACCCUCCACUCCGAAGAAGACAUUCUCCAUCUCGCCGUCAACCAAUACAUUCCCCUCAACAACCCCCAUCCGCAACCCGGAGAUGUCACCAUCAUCGCCGCCCACGCCGUCGGCUACCACAAAGAACUCUAUGAACCUUUGUGGGAUGAACUCGCCGCCCAGGCACGGUUUCGUGGGUGGCGUAUCCGGAGCAUUUGGAUGGCGGAUGUGGCGUGGCAUGGAGAGAGUUAUCAGAUGAAUGAAGAGCUGGUGGGGAAUUCUCCUGGUUGGUAUGAUCAUUCGCGCGAUUUGGCGAAUUUGAUUAAUUUGAGGCGGGAGGAGAUGGUGAGGCCUAUUGUGGGGGUGGGUCAUAGUAUGGGUGGGAAUCAAAUAACAAAACUCGCCCUCGACCAUCCUUCCCUCUUUACAACCCUCAUCCUCCUCGACCCAGUCAUCCAGAUGAAAUCCGCCGAAAUCGACCCUUCUUCCCAAGUCCCUUCUGCCGCACAAGCGUCCACUUUUCGCCGAGAUCACUGGCCUUCGCGCGAAAUCGCUCACGCGUCGUUUCUGAAAUCUCCUUAUUAUCAGACGUGGGAUAAACGGGUAUUGGAGAAGUGGGUGAAAUUUGGUUUGCGGGAUUGUGAGGAUGAGGAUGGUGAUGGAGAAAAAGGAGAAAAAGGAGAAAAAGAAAAAGGCAAAGGAGUAUGUCUAGCAACUCCGUCCGCACAAGAAGUCUGGUCAUUUCUACGACCGAAUUAUCCCCCCGAAUCUUCAUCAGAAGAAGAAGUUCCCAGUAGCAGCGAACAGCAGAAGAAGCAGAAGAAAAAACUAGACCGCUUCCUCCACCCCGACCUCAACCCCAGCCUCCCCAACCAAACCCCCUUUUACAGAAGCGAACCCAUUACAACCUACCUCCGCCUCCCCGAGCUGCGUCCCGGGUGCUUAUACAUUUUCGGUCAACUCUCCUUCGUCUGCGACAAGUCGACAGCUUGCGACAAAGUUUCCCGAACAGGCAUUGGAGCCGGAGGAAGUGGAGGAGAGGCUGAAGGGAGAGUUGGAGGGGUGACGUUGGAAGGUGUGGGACAUUUGAUUGCGAUGGAAGCUCCGGGAAAAACUGCCGAAGUGGCGGCUGAGUGGAUUAAAAGGGAAUUGGAGGGUUUUGGGGAGAGGAGGAGGAGAUUGGAGGAGGGGUGGUGGAGGAGGGAGAGGAGGGAGAGGCAGAGGGUUGAUGGGGAUUGGAAGAGAUUUAUGGGUGGGCCGCCGGUUAGGGGGAGGAAGAAGGGGGGUGAGGCGAAGAUGUGAGGAGGGGAGGUAUAUGUGUGUGUGUAUAGAGUGAGAUAGAGACGAUGAGGGAUAUCUAGGUAUGCAAGAAUACGAGCUAUCCUCAUCUCUUCUCCUCUCCUCGUUACCUACUCGCUAGACUUGGUAGAAGAAGUAGAAGUAGAAGAAGUACCUGAAAAAGAAGACAAUCAA